CCAUGAAGGUCGCACCAGGCUGGGCUGGGCCGGGCGCGAGCGACACAUGCAUCAAACCCGGAGGAGGGGGGUCACAAUCGGCUUGAAGUAGGAGGACGUGACGGUAGGGAGACCGGACGCCCCCAGUCAAAAAAACAAAAAAAACAACACGGAGUGCCACCGACGUGACAGCGUGCGUUCACGUCACGGAGACACGGCGGCUGUGUGUUUUCAACCCAUGUUUUUCUCCUAACCGUCUGUCGCCACCAUGACAGAGGAAGAAACAAUUAAUGUGAAGGAGGUGGAGAUCAUCAAGGUGAUCUUGGACUUCCUCCACUCCAGAAAGCUGCACAUCAGCAUGCUGGCUCUGGAAAAGGAGAGUGGCAUUAUCAACGGCCUCUACUCGGAUGACAUGCUCUUCCUCAGACAACUGGUGCUGGAUGGCCAGUGGGAUGAGGUCCUGCAGUUUAUUCAGCCUUUGGAGUGUAUGGAGAAGUUUGACAAAAAGAGGUUCCGUUACAUCGUCCUAAAGCAGAAGUUUCUGGAAGCUCUGUGUGUGAAUAACGCCAUGUCUGCUGAGGAUGAGCCACAACAUUUGGAGUUCACCAUGCAGGAGGCGGUCAAGUGUCUGCACACCUUGGAGGAGUUCUGCCCCUCCAAAGACGACUACAGCAAAUUGUGUCUCCUGCUCACUUUACCUCGCCUCACAAACCACGCCGAAUUUAAGGACUGGAACCCAAGCACAGCCCGGGUGCAGUGCUUCGAGGAGGCUUGCACCAUGGUGGCCGAGUUCAUCCCGGCGGAUAGGAAGCUGAGUGAGGCUGGAUUCAAAGCCGGCGGGGAUCGCCUCUUCCAGCUCCUCCUCAAAGGAGUCCUCUAUGAGUGCUGUGUGGAGUUCUGCCAGGUUGGGGCUGACAGUAGUACAGUGAUAGUCCGCUGUUUGGGGGGGAUAGGGAAUUGGCGUCUGAGCCAACAAGUCAUUGUAUACCUGUCUGCACUAGGGAAGGCUGUUGGAUCAGUUGUGGGAUCUCUUUGUGUCCAGAGCAAGGCAACGGGUGAAGAGAUCACGGAGAGCGAGGUCCUGCUGGGCGUGGACAUGCUGUGCGGCAACGGCUGCGACGACGUGGAUUUGUCUCUGCUGUCCUGGAUGCAGAACCUGGCCCACAGUGUCUUCUCCUGCGCCUUCGAACAGAAGCAGCUCAACAUCCACGUGGACCGCCUGGUCAAACCGGCCAAGACCGGCUAUGCCGACCUGCUCACUCCUCUCAUCAGCAAACUGUCUCCGUAUCCGUCCUCGCCGCUGCGGCGGCCCCAGUCCGCCGACACCUACAUGUCGCGGUCUUUGAAUCCGGCUCUGGAUGGGUUGUCCUACGGGCUGUCCAACCAGGAUAAGCGAACGAGUGGUGGCGAGGCCGCACUGGGUAAAGGUGUCUCCCCAAUGUCUCACUCCUUUGCCAACUUCCACUACCCUGGUGCGGGCGGACAGAACCUCAGCAAGAGCCUCUUGAUGGAGAGCUCCGACUGCCACAGCAUUUUUGAGGAAUCGCCAGAAACGUCGAGGACUGACACACCUGUGGACAAAAUGAUGGGUUCGAGCGUCGCUCAGAACUCACGCCCCGCAUCGGCUCCUGGAGAGGAUGCACCACCAGCUGGUUCUGCUGAAAAAAAUGAGCUCUGGGACUCCUCCGAGAAGUACGAGGAGUAUUACCGUCAGCGCCUACGUGUGCAACAGCACCUGGAGCAGACGCAGCAGCAGAGGCAGAUGUACAAGCAGAUGUUGUUGGAAGGCGGCGUGCAGCAGGAGCCUCCACCCAGUGACUUGCAGCACAGCCUUACAGAAAAGUUCCUCAACAGGUCCAUCCAGAAACUGGAGGAGCUCAAUGUGGGGAUGGAGAGUUUAGGAGAGGAGGUGAAGUCUUUGGCCCAACAGUGCAACGGCAACGCACCUCCCUCCGAGUGCAACAACAACCCCGCCUCCGCCAGCCUGCAGCACAACCAGAGCGGCGACGGCGGCGGCGGCGGCGUGCUCAGCAGCACACCGCAGCGCGUUGCGGGAGGCCGUCCCGUCUCGCCCCUAAAUGAAUCCCCCAUCAUCCAAAACAGCGGGCAGAAUCACAAAGCAAGUCCACAUGGUGACUCACCAGGCUCAUUAUCCCGCAGUAAAGAGGGUAGUGACAAAGAAAAAAGACUGUUUGUGCCCGUGCAUACUCUCGAGGACACUCAGGCUGUUCGUGCCGUUUCCUUCCACCCGUCUGGGACCCUCUACGCUGUUGGCUCCAACUCCAAAACACUCCGCGUCUGUGCCUAUCCAGAAACACGCGACACCAGUGGCUCGAGUCCAGCGACGCAGCCGGUAGUCCGCUUCAAAAGGAACAAACACCACAAAGGUUCGAUCUACUGCGUGGCCUGGAGCCACUGUGGGCAGCUGCUGGCGACCGGCUCGAACGACAAAUAUGUCAAAGUUCUACCGUUCAGCGCGGAGACUUGCAAUGCCACAGGCCCAGACUUGGAGUUCAGCAUGCACGACGGCACCAUCAGGGACUUGGCCUUCAUGGAGGGCCCAGAAAGCGGAGGGGCCAUCUUAAUCAGCGCCGGAGCAGGAGACUGCAACAUUUACACCACCGACUGCCAGCGAGGGCAAGGCCUGCACGCCCUCAGCGGACACACGGGUCACAUCCUGUCUCUAUACACGUGGGGGGGCUGGAUGAUCGCAUCCGGCUCCCAAGACAAGACGGUGCGUUUCUGGGACCUCAGGGUGCCCACCUGCGUGCGAGUGGUGGGCACAGCCUUCCACGGCUCAGGCAGCCCCGUGGCCUCGGUGGCGGUGGACCCGAGCGGCCGUCUGCUGGCGACGGGACAAGAGGACAGCGCUUGCAUGCUCUACGACAUUCGAGGCGGGCGCAUCGUGCAGGUGUACCGCCCGCACGGCAGCGACGUGCGCUCCGUCCGCUUCUCUCCCGGCGCGCACUACCUGCUCACUGGCUCCUAUGACACCAAAGUCAUGGUCACCAACCUUCAAGGUGACCUGACUAAGCAGCUGCCAGUGACGGUGGUGGGGGAGCACGGCGACAAGGUGAUCCAGUGUCGCUGGCACACAGAGGACCUCUCCUUCCUGUCGUCCUCCGCCGACCGCACCGUCACGCUGUGGACUCACAACCCGUAAUGCGGUCUCUCACACACACACACACACACACACACACACUCUCACACACAGCACACACACAGCACAGCAUUUCAUCUGAAAGCCGCACGCAUGCACACGCACACCCUCACAAUAACAGUUGGCGGCGUAGGGAUUCACGAUGAUCAUAAACUAGCAACACCGCAGAGGCACAUGCUGCACAUAGUCACACUGUUGAAAUUUAUUUGAGCAUUUAUUUGAUAUCCGGUAUGGGGUCCAUGUACUAGGAUGUACUUUAUUUUUACUACUAAGGCAGGUCAGCACACGAGUUGAACUAGUUCUGUUUUUCCACUUCUUGUGCCACUUUUGGCCAACUAGUUCGGAAUUAAACCUUAAAAGUAAACUAGUAUACUGCACUUGUCACACUACCAGGCCCAACUAGUAGGCGUGUGUCACACACUGGUAGCCUCCUGGAUCCUACGAGUGGCACCAAAGUGCCACUAGUACAUCUGACAUGUAGUUGGGUUUAGGAGGCUACUAGUGCAUGACACAUGCCUUCUAGUUAGGCCUGGUAAUGGCUUUGCAUACUAGAAGCGUGCAGAUGUCAACUAGUGGACACUUUUGGCUCACUAGUAGCGUAGUUCAUCACUGUGGUGACACACAAGACACACGAGGCUGCAUGCGCGUUCACUGACAGGAACGAAGCUCUUUUUCAUGAUGGUGCCUUUCUUGAGUUCUCAAAUGAACACAGACCAGAUCAAAUUCCACAUUUUUGCCAACCCAUUUACUCCAGCUGCUGUUGUAUUUUAUUUAUUUAUUUAUUAUUUCCCUUCGGAAAACUGGAAGUUCUCAUGUGAAAUUGUAAUCGUACGGCGUGUCAAAUAGCAAGCUUGUGGCAGCUUUUACAGUCUCUGCUGUUGCUUCCCCUCAUGCCGACCUUCAUUUACCCACCGGAGUACAACCCCAAAUGUGUAUAUCGUUCUUCUUAAAUUGAGCAAUCAGUAUUUUUUUUUUUUUUUUUUUUUUUUUUUUUUGCAGGAGCGGUUCUAAACAAUGAACAGUUGUUAUUAAGCCAGUUUCCAAAGGGAAUAGAAGGCUCCAUUUGUAGUUGAGCAGAUGUUUUUGGUCAUUUGUUGGUUCUUUUUAAAUGCUGCUGUACUGAGGUCACAACGGUAAGGGGCAGUCGAUACUCUUACUAAUUUUUUUGCACAGUACAUAGGAACGUUAAUAUUUAUUUGAAGCCAGUAUUUGGGACAUAUAGACUGUGUUCACUUCUUGAAAUUUAAUGCACUUUGCUGUCUAACGCAAAUGUUUUGUCCUCCUAAUUUAUUUUUGUUUUUAAAUGCUAAUGUCUUUUAACAAAUAACACCAAACUAAUACGUACAAGCAUAUUUAUUUCAGUUGUGAUUAUGUACAAUUAUGUAAUGAAAUGCUAGUGGCCGAUGUAUUGAGCCUGUCUUGUUUUCUAAAAAAAAA